AUGGAGGGGCCGAGUUGUUGUUCACAAGUGAGAAGAGUGCACAUUGUGUACUUUCUGAGCAGAAAGGGCAAGAUCGAACAUCCACAUCUCGUCCGAGUUCAUCAUCCCUCCACCAACGGUGUUCGCCUACGAGAUGUGAAGAGGUGGCUUGGAGAGUUGAGGGGGAAGGAUAUGCCAGAAUCGUUUUCUUGGUCAUAUAAGAGGAAAUACAAGACGGGUUAUGUAUGGCAAGAUUUGGUGGAUGAUGAUUUGAUUAAUCCAAUAUCGGACAAUGAAUACGUCCUCAAAGGAUCACAGAUUUUAUCCACCACAAUUAAAGAUGAAAAACUGUUGGUGAACAAGGAUCAAUUUCUCCAAGAGGACUCAAAAAUCACAACUACAAAAGAAGAAAAUGAACAAAGCCAUAACUCAUCAGAGUACAUCUCGACAAAAUCGUCAUGCGAAAUCGAGCAAGAAUCUCCAAGUUUCGGCUCCGAAUCAUCCACCCUAACAGAGGACUCGAUAAAAGCCGAUAAGACAGAUAAAAUGCAGUCGUCCAAAAGUAGUAGAGAUGGAAAGAGAGACGAAAAGAACCACAAAAAUAGUCCUUUGCAUUUCUACUCGGCUCUUUUGAGCAAGAAGAACAACAAGAAAACGACCAAAAAAGUCGCCACUGGUGAAAAAACGCGUCCUUCAGAUGAUUCCAAACUUUCAGCAUCAAAGAGCAAAAGCACUACAAAUGCAAAUGGGUCGUCCAAUAUGUUGCGUAACUUGAUAACUUGCGGCCCAUUGUACACUAACGAUUCGGUUGUUGUGGCCAGAAAUAAGCAGAAUAAUAAUAAUAGUAACAACAAUAGGCUCAAUUUGUUGAACAUGCGUUCGAGUGAUUUCAGAAAUGUGGUUUGCAAAGGUGAUCAGCUCGGAGGGUCUCAGAGGAUACUCACAACACCUAAAUGGACUCAACAUCAACUACUUUCUUGUGGAAGGAAGAGCUUCGAUGGAGUUAAGGAUUCGUUAAAGAGCAAGAGUGACUUGAGAGACAAGACAACACCAUCUGCCACUUACAUACCUGCUAAUGUGCCUGACUGCUGGCAAUGUGGGAACCCAAUAAAGCCAGAAAAACUCCAUGCACAUCUGAAGCCAUGCAAGGGAAUGACAGCCAUGGCCAAAACUCCGACUAUUUCUCCGAAUGUUGACAAGGCAUCAUCAUAA